UCUGCUCUCCACCUCAGCUUUAUCUUCCAUGUCCUUCGAUCGAUCACCGAUCCUAGCCCAUCAAAAAGCUGCCUUUCCUCCCUAAAUUCGUCUUGUUCAUCCUUUUCUUCUUCUCCUGGUUGCUUCGCGGUGAAAGCUCUCGCCUUUCUUCCUGACUUAGUUUCUGUGAUUACGAAAUGGCGCAGCAAGAACACCGUAUUUCUGAUGGCGAAGAGGAAGCAACGUUUCUUUCGCCUGGCCAUCAGCCAAACAUGACCGUCCCUUUCCUCCCAGAGUUUGAUCCCACUUCCCAGUUCGGGCGUAUUGCUGAAAACUCAUCCAUGUCGCCGUAUCAGUUAGAGGAUUUAAACCCACUGGCUUCCAGCGACGGCCCAAUGCCAUUGUUGUCGAGCCCUUUGCAGAGCGAUGCUUCCACUAGCUUUGACUCGCUGCCUUCUCUCGUCGCAUCCGAGGUGAAGCAAACGCCAUUGAGGCCGGAACUGAUGUUGCCGUUGCAGAAACCUGAGCUUCAGCCUCAGAUAAACCAGGUGGUGAAAUCUUCGCCAUUUGAUCUAUUUCCUGAAGCUGGCCUUCAGAUGGAAAUGGAGCUCCCUUCAAACCAAAGCCAUCAUGGCAUUAUGAAUCCCUUGCUCAGGGCAGAUCAGCAGAUUACGAUGGAUCAGUUUGUUGGCAUGAAUCAUCUAUCAUCCUUUCAAAUUGAUCCGGACCGAAAUCAAAUAGUCAUCUUUACUACAGAAUCCACUCAAAUUUCUCGUUCAAAUUGUGGCACAUUUGUGAUCAAUGAAUCUCAAGGGGAAAACACUGAUUGUUCAUCAGAUGGUGUUUCAAGCAACCACCCUACAGGGAAGAGGAUUCACACUUUUGAAGAAGGUAUCACCAAUCCUUUUGACAGCAGCGCUUUUAGCUUGGCAUGCUUACCUUCAGUUUACAGCAGUGCUUUACCCCUCCAAGCCAUGCCCAUCCAACAAGUUUCUGAUAUCAUUGUUGCUAAGAAACAGAAGACAGAAAUUGGUGGGAGGGAAGCUUCAGCCACUCCACCAAAAGCACUGCCUUUCUACAACUUCAUGAAAUUGCCUCAUGAUGUUUAUGCUGCUGAAAGAAAUGCAAUUGCUAAUCAAUGCUAUGAUGGUUGGGAGGACUGCGAUGUUGUUAUUCUUGAUAUGAAGCUUUGAGUUUAUGUUUAGGAGAAAACUAGAAACUAUGAAUGCUUCCUUGCUUUUAUUUAUAUGAUUGUAGUACAAUUUAUGAUGUCA